AUGGGCAAAGCAAAGAAAGAAAAAAAUCGUAUUGUCCGCCAGCAAGCAAACAAUCCUGGCUCAACGGUAGCUGGCAAUCUCCGCGUUAAGGGAGAGAACUUUUACCGUGAUGCAAAGAAAGUCAAGUACAUUAACAUGCUAAGGGGAGGGAGGCCGGUGAGGGAUUCAAAAGGGAAAGUGAUAAAAGCUGCCCCAUACCAGAGCAAAAUCGCACCACGCGCAAGGGUGCAACCCGAUAGACGCUGGUUUGGAAAUACGAGAGUGAUUGGCCAGAAAGAAUUGCAAGACUUUCGAGAGAGUCUUGGAUCAAAAGUUCAUGAUUCAUAUCAAGUAUUAUUAAGGCAGAACAAACUGCCAAUGAGUCUGUUAAAUGAUGCCGCGAAGGUGUCUCGUAUGCAUAUGUUGGAGACUGAAACGUUUGCUGAUACUUUUGGUCCCAAAGCUCAACGAAAAAGGCCAAAGAUAACAGUUGGAUCACUGCUAGAUUUAGUUUCGGUAACCGAAGAUUCAUUAGAAAACUAUAAUGAGAAGAAUGAUCCAUCACUUUUGUCUAACACAGUGACUGAUUGGAUCGAAGAGGCUCGUCACAGUUUGUUUUCUAAAGGAAAAUCGAAAAGAAUAUGGAACGAAUUGUACAAGGUUAUAGACUCUUCAGAUGUUGUAAUACACGUAUUGGAUUCGCGUGAUCCAUUGGGAACACGUUGUAAGAGUGUCGAGGAAUACCUUAAGAAAGAAGCCCCUCAUAAACACCUGGCUUAUCUCCUGAACAAGUGUGAUCUUGUUCCAACCUGGGUUACGGCUCGAUGGGUAGCACACCUUUCACAAACAGUACCGACGCUGGCUUUCCAUGCGAGUAUAAACAAUUCCUUUGGGAAAGGUUCUCUCAUACAACUUCUUCGACAAUUUGCUGGAUUGCAUUCUGACAAGAAGCAGAUUAGUGUGGGAUUUAUCGGUUACCCAAACACGGGGAAAAGUUCCAUAAUAAACACAUUAAGAAACGAGAAAGUCUGUAAUGUUGCUCCAUUACCUGGGGAGACAAAAGUAUGGCAAUAUAUAACUUUAACGAAACGGAUUUAUUUAAUUGAUUGUCCCGGAAUAGUACCGCCGUCUUCGGAUGAUACAGAGACCGACAUUGUAUUGAAAGGAGUUAUUCGCGUAGAAAAUUUGAAGGUCCCCGAGGAGCACAUCCCAGAAAUUCUUCGACGCGUUCGGAAAGAAUAUUUACAGCGUACAUAUGAACUCCGAGAUUGGACAGAUUACAUCGACUUCUUAACACAAGUUGCUAAGAGAACUGGGAAACUUUUGAAAAAAGGAGAGCCAGAUUUAGGCACAGUGGCCAAAAUGAUACUUAACGACUGGUUAAGGGGUAAAAUACCUUAUUACAUUCCGCCACCAGAGUCAGCAUCUGAGAGAGUAGACAAGAACAAGGAAUCAGACGAUGAAGAAGACGAAGUGAAGGUAAUUACUAACAUGAUUAAACCUCAUAUGGCAAUCCUUGAGAAAGUUCAAAGAUUUGGUGUCUGUUUAGACAGCAACGAUUCCUUCUCUGGGGUAUCUGAAGUUGCAUCAAUAGGAGUUGAACAAAAUUUCAAGAAUAUACGAGUGACAACGGAAUUCUUGCCUGAUGACUUGGGUACAUACGAGGCCAAAAAUAGUAAUUAUGGAAAGCAGUAUGAAGACGACAUUAUUGAAGAAAAUAUCACUGAUGAUGCUACUGAUGAGGAAGAGAGCCAAGCUGAUUGGAACGAGGUGUUUGAGAGUGUGGUUGGUGAAACUGUCAGUGAAUAA